AUGCGACAAGACAUCAUGCUCGGCAGACUGAUACUGCUGUCUGCCCUUUGUAUGGUAGCAGCCACACAAACAACUACAGCCGGAUCUCUGAGUGCUGUAUCACCGAAGGAAACAGAUCAAACGACUGCUGUUAUAUCGACAACUGAAACGACGGAUGAUUUGAACAAAACGACAGAGGAACCAAACACCACUAUCAACGCAGCAUCUGCAGAAGCAAAAACGACUGCAGAAGCUCCAACGCCAACAACGGCUGUACUCACAACACGUGCAGAACUAACAACCGUGAGUGCUGCAACAACUGAGGCACCAAACACUGUGAUUUAUACAACAACCGCAGGAACAACUGAUGUGCCUACAACACCUGAAGCCUCAACAUGGACUGCCAGUGCACCACGCACAACACCAGCAACGUCCAUCCCUGCUACAUCUGCAGCUGUUGUAGCACCAACAACUUCUGACGGUAUAACAAACACAACACCUCUAUCUACUAGAGAACUGACUGCAGCUGCAUCCUCAAAACUAACAAAUACUGCUGGUGCAACACAGACGUCUAGUGAUUUAACAUCUGCAACAUCCACUUCCCUGAACAUCCCUGAAACUACUGAAACAACAAGUAACAUCCCUACUACACCUGACACACAGACAAUGAAUGUUCAUCCACCAGCAUUACCGCAAACUACUGUCAAUGCUAAAACUGAAGCAAAAACAAAUACUGUCUCAGCAACAUUUGGUGAAUUAAGUGCACAUCCUCAAACACCAAGAGUCAUUUUAACAUUGACUUCAACACCUGGCAUUCAAGCAGGACCUUCAGAAAGAACAGCUAGUAUCUCUACAACACCUUCAGAACGAAUGACUGCUGGUGCAUUGCGAGAAGAAACACAGACUACUAAUGAUACGGCAUCUGCGACAUUGACUGCUGUCGCUGAAACCUCUGAAGAACCGACCACUACGUUCCCUGGAAAUUCUGAAACGACACCUAAUGUCCGUACUACACUUGAAACACACAGCACUGCGGUCAGCGGUACAGUGUCAACAGCAACAGCAGUUCAUCUUACAACAUCUGCAUUGCCACAAUCUAUCACCAGUGUGGAAACUGAAUCAAAAACUACAAAUACCAUGAGGACAACAACUGGUGCAUCAACAAUUGCUGAAAGUGCACCGCCUCCAACACCGGCAAAUACCUUCCCUGCUACAGCUGAAAGAGCAACGUUUGCCGCGACUUCAACACCUGCCAUUCACACAACAGCUGUAGAAAAAACAGUGGGUAUCUCCACAAAAAGUGUUGGUGCAACACAAGAACCACAGAGCACUACUGAUGUAACGUCGACUGCUAUCACCAGAACAUCGGAGGAAGCAACCACUACAUUGCCUGAAACUUCUGAAACAAGUAAUGUUCCUACUAGACCUCAAACACAGACAACUAACGGUCAUCCUCCAACAUCUGCAUUGCCACAAACUACUGCCAGUGUGGAAACUGAAGCAAAAACAAAUACUGUCUCAACAGCGUUUGGAGAAUCAAUGAUUACUGAAAGUGCACCACCUCCAACACCUGGCAUUCACUCAUCAGCUAUAGAAAAAACACAGAGUAUCCCUGCAAAAACAACUGUUGGAGCAACACAAGAAGAUUCAACCGCUAUCACUAAACCAUCCUCAGAACCAACCAAUACAUUGCCAGACAUCUCUGAAACGAACAAAACACCAACAACAUCUGCGUCUCUGGGUAAUGCACAGUUGCAAACGCUGAAUGCAAAUUUCUCCAGCUUUGAAUCGUUGACGCUGCUGAGCCCUAGCCAAGUAGCUGAGCUGACACUGAGCUCCGGAGCGUUGAACAGCACCAAUCAGAUCGACGCUGUGUUCGACCGCCUGGAGGACGGCGACGCUUUCAAGAACGUGGAGGAGUUCCUGACGACUCUAACCGCAAAACCUGAGAAUCCUGAUAUCACCCCUGCUGUGAGAGACGUGAUGAUGAACCGAACCUUCGUAAUCAUUGCACCCAAGCUCCAGGAAUUUGCGGCUCCUGACUGGGAAGUGUGGUUCACCGUGAAGCUCAUCCCCAUCCUCCCCAGUUUCACCGCAGAAAUGCUGCUAGAGGUCACAGCUGACGUCAACUGCACCAACUACCACGUGAUUGUUGAGGGAAUGGGAGAUGUUUUCCUCGAAAUGACAUCCACCAGGAGGCAGGAGAUAACCAGGGUUCUGGUGGAGCGCCUGAAGGAGUUUGCCGUCCAAUUCAACAGUCCAGAUUGCAGAAAGGACAUCGGAAGCGAUGCUGAGUGGCUUGACAUCAACUUGGGUCUAUUCUCCAAGGUGGCCAAUUACACAGACCUCAAGGAGCUGAACAUCAGCGGGCUGGCAGCUUUGGAAUCCCUGUCACCUGACCAGAAAGCGGAGCUGCUGUUGGAUCCAUCCACGGGUGCUAUUGAAAAUGUGACCGUGGUGAAGGAGGUGUUGAGCAGCAUCCUAAAAUCCCGAGAUGAGGAGCAGCUAGAGAAAUUCUUUGAAACGUUUGUGGAGGUCAGCAAGGAGGAAAACAUCACCUACAUCACCAAUGCAGGCGUUCGGGACGCAAUUCUGAACCUGACUUUGACGGCUCUGGCUCCCAAAUUCCCUCUCUUCCAAACCAGUGACUACGAGCUGUGGUUCCAAAUUAAUCUCGUGGUCCUGCUGGCCAGCUUCCGUCCUUCAGUUCUGGUGGUGAUCCCCGCCAACCUCACCUGUGACUCUUACGAUGCAGUAUUGAAAGGCCUGGAGAACGCUUUGGCAGUUCUCCCAUCUGGAAUUGGAGUGGAGUUGAAGUCAAGUAUAGGUGAACUUCGACAGUCAGCACCAGAAGGCUGCACGCCUCCUCGCCCUGUCGGUGUCUGCGAAGAAACAGUAGUGGACGAGGUGAGGCUGUGUGAAAGUGUCAACCGCGAUGGACUUGGGAGCCAGGUUCCUUCCUCGGAUCGGCUGUGCGACUUCGGCAUCUCUGAAUAUGCCUGCUCUUCGGUUGCAUCAUCUCUGUCCUCUGGCGACCUCGUCACGCUGCUGACUUGCAAGCAGCCGAACAGCACGACCGGCGCGGAGGCGUGGAAGCUUUUCUUCCAGAAAGUCGCGGGAGUCCUGGAGGUUGCUCUGUCAGCGUACUCCAGCACAAACCUCAGUGACCGUCAGCCUGAGCCCCACGUUCUCGAUGCCAUCGGAGAGGUCAAAGUCAACAACUUCAGCGCCACACAGCUGACGGAUGUCAGCUUCGUUGCCCACUGGUUCCAGGGAAGGCUGAGACCAUUCUUGCCAGCAGCCUCAAAGGACUUCCUGUCCUGCCUUAGCUCCAAGAACUUCAGUUGCGACACCUACCAAGUUGUGGUGCAGGCACUCAGUCGUCAGGCGUCCCUCAUGGAGGUGGGGCAACAACGGCUCGUCUUCGCUGAUUUCGUCCUUCUCUUCCUCUCUCGAGAUGACCUAGCAGAUCCUGCCUGUCUUGCUAAGACCACGAGCAGCGCUGACUGGCUGGAGAAGAACUUUGGCAACUUCUCUGUCUACGCUACCUUGGAGCAGUUGCAAACGCUGAAUGCAAAUUUCUCCAGCUUUGAAUCGUUGACGCUGCUGAGCCCUAGCCAAGUAGCUGAGCUGACACUGAGCUCCGGAGCGUUGAACAGCACCAAUCAGAUCGACGCUGUGUUCGACCGCCUGGAGGACGGCGACGCUUUCAAGAACGUGGAGGAGUUCCUGACGACUCUAACCGCAAAACCUGAGAAUCCUGAUAUCACCCCUGCUGUGAGAGACGUGAUGAUGAACCGAACCUUCGUAAUCAUUGCACCCAAGCUCCAGGAAUUUGCGGCUCCUGACUGGGAAGUGUGGUUCACCGUGAAGCUCAUCCCCAUCCUCCCCAGUUUCACCGCAGAAAUGCUGCUAGAGGUCACAGCUGACGUCAACUGCACCAACUACCACGUGAUUGUUGAGGGAAUGGGAGAUGUUUUCCUCGAAAUGACAUCCACCAGGAGGCAGGAGAUAACCAGGGUUCUGGUGGAGCGCCUGAAGGAGUUUGCCGUCCAAUUCAACAGUCCAGAUUGCAGAAAGGACAUCGGAAGCGAUGCUGAGUGGCUUGACAUCAACUUGGGUCUAUUCUCCAAGGUGGCCAAUUACACAGACCUCAAGGAGCUGAACAUCAGCGGGCUGGCAGCUUUGGAAUCCCUGUCACCUGACCAGAAAGCGGAGCUGCUGUUGGAUCCAUCCACGGGUGCUAUUGAAAAUGUGACCGUGGUGAAGGAGGUGUUGAGCAGCAUCCUAAAAUCCCGAGAUGAGGAGCAGCUAGAGAAAUUCUUUGAAACGUUUGUGGAGGUCAGCAAGGAGGAAAACAUCACCUACAUCACCAAUGCAGGCGUUCGGGACGCAAUUCUGAACCUGACUUUGACGGCUCUGGCUCCCAAAUUCCCUCUCUUCCAAACCAGUGACUACGAGCUGUGGUUCCAAAUUAAUCUCGUGGUCCUGCUGGCCAGCUUCCGUCCUUCAGUUCUGGUGGUGAUCCCCGCCAACCUCACCUGUGACUCUUACGAUGCAGUAUUGAAAGGCCUGGAGAACGCUUUGGCAGUUCUCCCAUCUGGAAUUGGAGUGGAGUUGAAGUCAAGUAUAGGUGAACUUCGACAGUCAGCACCAGAAGGCUGCACGCCUCCUCGCCCUGUCGGUGUCUGCGAAGAAACAGUAGUGGACGAGGUGAGGCUGUGUGAAAGUGUCAACCGCGAUGGACUUGGGAGCCAGGUUCCUUCCUCGGAUCGGCUGUGCGACUUCGGCAUCUCUGAAUAUGCCUGCUCUUCGGUUGCAUCAUCUCUGUCCUCUGGCGACCUCGUCACGCUGCUGACUUGCAAGCAGCCGAACAGCACGACCGGCGCGGAGGCGUGGAAGCUUUUCUUCCAGAAAGUCGCGGGAGUCCUGGAGGUUGCUCUGUCAGCGUACUCCAGCACAAACCUCAGUGACCGUCAGCCUGAGCCCCACGUUCUCGAUGCCAUCGGAGAGGUCAAAGUCAACAACUUCAGCGCCACACAGCUGACGGAUGUCAGCUUCGUUGCCCACUGGUUCCAGGGAAGGCUGAGACCAUUCUUGCCAGCAGCCUCAAAGGACUUCCUGUCCUGCCUUAGCUCCAAGAACUUCAGUUGCGACACCUACCAAGUUGUGGUGCAGGCACUCAGUCGUCAGGCGUCCCUCAUGGAGGUGGGGCAACAACGGCUCGUCUUCGCUGAUUUCGUCCUUCUCUUCCUCUCUCGAGAUGACCUAGCAGAUCCUGCCUGUCUUGCUAAGACCACGAGCAGCGCUGACUGGCUGGAGAAGAACUUUGGCAACUUCUCUGUCUACGCUACCUUGGAGCAGUUGCAAACGCUGAAUGCAAAUUUCUCCAGCUUUGAAUCGUUGACGCUGCUGAGCCCUAGCCAAGUAGCUGAGCUGACACUGAGCUCCGGAGCGUUGAACAGCACCAAUCAGAUCGACGCUGUGUUCGACCGCCUGGAGGACGGCGACGCUUUCAAGAACGUGGAGGAGUUCCUGACGACUCUAACCGCAAAACCUGAGAAUCCUGAUAUCACCCCUGCUGUGAGAGACGUGAUGAUGAACCGAACCUUCGUAAUCAUUGCACCCAAGCUCCAGGAAUUUGCGGCUCCUGACUGGGAAGUGUGGUUCACCGUGAAGCUCAUCCCCAUCCUCCCCAGUUUCACCGCAGAAAUGCUGCUAGAGGUCACAGCUGACGUCAACUGCACCAACUACCACGUGAUUGUUGAGGGAAUGGGAGAUGUUUUCCUCGAAAUGACAUCCACCAGGAGGCAGGAGAUAACCAGGGUUCUGGUGGAGCGCCUGAAGGAGUUUGCCGUCCAAUUCAACAGUCCAGAUUGCAGAAAGGACAUCGGAAGCGAUGCUGAGUGGCUUGACAUCAACUUGGGUCUAUUCUCCAAGGUGGCCAAUUACACAGACCUCAAGGAGCUGAACAUCAGCGGGCUGGCAGCUUUGGAAUCCCUGUCACCUGACCAGAAAGCGGAGCUGCUGUUGGAUCCAUCCACGGGUGCUAUUGAAAAUGUGACCGUGGUGAAGGAGGUGUUGAGCAGCAUCCUAAAAUCCCGAGAUGAGGAGUAG